AUGGCAAAGAAACAGCUUCGUGAAGAAUCCCAUCCUCCAGAGGAGGGUGCUAACAAGAAAUCAAAGGAAAAAGAUGGCAAGAUCUCCUGGGGCACAAACUGUGAACCUAAUAAUCUUCUCCUCCAGCUUGUCAUGGAAAUUGAGAAGCCCAAAAAUUGCAAGGUCCUUAUUGGUGUGCGCAAGGGAGAGAAAAUUUCCGGCAAGACAAAGAUUGAUGUAGCCCAGAGGAUUGCAUGCCAGCUGUGGCCCAGUCUCACCAAUGCCCAGGUACCAGUGAUGGGUCUCAAGGUCAAGAAUAAGGUUGAUAACUUAAAGAAGACAUAUGCGAAGAAGGCAGCAUGUAUCAAGGUCACUGGCGGUGGGAUUGGUGGUAAUGAUGGUGAUGCAGAGAAAGAGGAUGCAGAUGACAACAAUGAAGAUUCCGCGGAGUUUCUUGAGUGUUAUAUUACUGCAGAUGGUUCAGAUGACUUGACGCCGGAGCACUACAAGCAUAUUUGGGACAAGAUUGAGAAGGAGUUCAAAGUCUUUCCCUAUCUCCAUGCUCUCCUUGCAACACAGCUGAAUGUUAAUCCUGCUGCCAUCACUACAGGUAUCAGGCCGAAUGGUUUCAAAACUGUCUACUAUCAACGUCCUGAAGGUGAUGGUAUUCCUGAUAAAUUAAUUGACCCUGUCCUUCUUCAAGUAGAGGAGAAUUGCACUGCCAAUGCUGCCACUGCCAAUCACGACCCAAGUCCUGCCGCUGAUGACAUUCCUCCAGCCAUGUAG